AUGCCAGUCGAGUCCACCCACAACAUCCUGACCUUGGUCCUUGGCAGCUUUGCCAUCUUUUGGAUCGGCAACGUGAUAUGGAAUAUCUUUUUCCAUGCGUUGCGGAAGUAUCCAGGCCCGUUGAUCGGCCGCGCAACCGUCCUAUAUUAUCACGUCAGAUACUUGCUAGGUCAUUUGCCGAACGACUUUCACACCCUCCACAGUAGGCAUGGCCCCGUAGUGCGUGUUGCUCCUAACCAACUGUCCUUCAUCAGCUCGCGGGCCUGGGGGGACAUUUAUGAAUGGCGUCGCGAGGGUAGGUCAGCUCCCGAGAUGGCCAAGCAUCGCAUGUUCCAAUCUCUGGGCCCAAACACACCGGCGACCAUAUUCACGGCCGACCUUCGUAGGCAUGAUCAGCUCCGUCACAAAUUGGCUCCUUGCUUGUCUGAAGCAGCCAUCAGACUGUAUGAGCCCAAUCUGCAGGAGUACACUAGUCUUCUUAUCCAACGGUUGGCUGCCAACUCACAGAAUGGGACUCAAGCCAUCAAUCGAAACUCGGCUUACGACUCGUGGGUUAAAGCCGUCUCAUUUUGCGCAAAGGAAGCUGCUAUUCUCCACGUGUCUUUUGCUCUGGGUUUAAGACGGAUUAUCCAUACCAUUGCGGGUAAGGCUUUGCUGGCACGGCUCCAAGAACAUGAGAACUCGACGCAACAGAAGCUGGAUGUGCGCCUCAAGACCAAAGUAGACCCUCCUGAUAUGGUGGAAGCUUUAUUGACCGUAGCUGACCCUCCCCUGUCAAAAAGCGAGAUGCUUCAGAACACUUCCCUCCUCAUCAUAGCAGCCUCAGACACCACAUCUUCACAUCUCACCGGUGUUUUCUAUCACUUGGUCCAGAAUCCUGAGGCACUUAGAAAGGCAACCCAGGAGGUCCGGUCCUAUUUCUGCCAUGGAAAAGAUAUAACAGUUGCUUCAACUGCUAAGCUGACCUACUUGAAGGCAUGUUUGGACGAGGCUUUAAGACUGUUUCCCCCAGUGCCGAUGGGAGUACCCAGAGUGGUUCCAAAGGAAGGUGCAAUGAUAGCAGGCCAUCCUGUUCCAGGGUCAGCACCCGUGCUAAGAGAGAUUACACAGACAAUAGUCUCUGUGCCUCAUUGGGCCGCGUAUCACAGCGAGAUCAACUUCUUUGAGCCAUUUGAGUUUCGUCCAGAGCGCUUUCUGGGAGAUGUGAGAUACUCGAGCGAUGAUCUUUGUGCCCUACAACCUUUCAGCUUUGGCAACAGGAACUGCAUUGGGCGAGCCAUGUCUAACAGAGGCAGUUGUAGUCUCGUCAACGCACAAUCUCGGGUUGUUAUGGCAAAGAUUCUCUAUACUUUUAAUUUGCAAACAGCGCCUGAGAAUGAUGGGUGGUUGGACAGAGUAAAAUCUUAUAUCCUGCCUGACAAGCCAAGUCUCUACGUGUAUUUUCAGCCCGUACCUGACUUUGAUGAAUAA